CCGAGAGAGCGUCGGAAAGCUUCCUACGGCCGCCUGCUGCCAUGCGGACCUCUCGGGCUGUUUGCUCCGUCUGCAUCUUGUUUCAAAUUGCCUUUCCCAUGGGGGAAGGGGGCCAAGUGCUUAAAAAUGAUGCCACCGAGAUCAUUCCUGAGUAUACCGAGAUGCCAGCUGAGGAGCAGCCACCAUACACCCAGAGCGACAACGACACCAUGAACAACCGGGCCCAGCAAGGAGAGAGGCGCCCCCAGGUUUCUCUGGGCCGGACUGAGCCUCAGGAGUUCACCUGUCGAGAACAGCAUUCCACCCGCUACAUCACCAAUGGUCCAUGCCGCAGCAUCAAGCCAAUCAGAGAGUUGGUCUGUUCCGGGCAGUGCCUCCCGUCCCAUCUCCUGCCUAACUCCAUUGGCAAGGGCAAAUGGUGGCGGCAGAACGCUCUGGAUUACCGCUGCAUCCCGGCACACAGUCGCCUCCAGCGAGUGCAGCUCGCCUGCCCCAACGAGGACACUCGGACGAUCAAGACCAGAACCGUCACCUCUUGCAAGUGCAAACGGUACACCCGCUACCACAACCGCUCCCAGCUCAAAGAUUUCAGCAAAGAGACUGCCCGACCUCAGAAGAACAAAAAACCACACCUUUCAAGGCUUAGGGGCAGUAAGGCCAACCAGCCAGAGCUGGAGAACUCUUACUAGUAUAAGGUUGUUGUUGUUUUUUUUGAGAGACCCAGUCUGGAAGUGUAGUGGGGGAUUUUUUUUGCCUGAUACCCCUCCCUUUUUGAUGGCAUCAGGAACAAAUGGAACAGAAAGAAGGGACGGCCACGGGCACCGUGGUUGCCCCCCCCCCCUAAGACUGAGAGCUGAUGCUGUCAAAAGCUGUUGGAUGCUCCUUGUCUAGUUGGAUGAGAGAGGGAGGGGGGAGAAUGAAAUGGAGGUCAAGGAAGCGGCCAUCAGCCUAAGAGGUUAGCAAGGGGGGGGGGGGUCCAUAUGACUCAUCCGACUGAAAGAGGGGUGGUUCCCGUAAACCAUUGCAUUCUUCAAGACUCCCUCGCGCUUGCUUUGUCUGACAAAGGGCCAAGCACACCUCUGUUAAACGAAACACACCUGCAGGCAUUUAGAUGGUGCAAUGUCCGUAAGGCUGUUGGGCUCACCUGCAAAUGUCCAGUGCAUCCCCGUAAUACAUUGCUAUCCUUUGCUUUUACCUGGGUUGUAUAUUGGCGCAUGGCACCUUGUCACCCCACAACAUCACCAGAGGUACAUGCCUUGUACUCUGUUGAUGGUACAUGUUCACUUCUCUUCCUGCAGUCGGCAGCGUGACAUUUUGCUCAAACGCAAGGACUGCGGGAAGAGGACAAGCCGUGCUAUAUUGUACAGAGCCGGAUAGACGCCUCUUUGUAGACGCCUCGCUUUGCCUAGGGAGCGUGUGGAACGAAAAAGCAAUUUGUUUGGGAAAUUGGUGUCUCUGUUAGGGACAGCAGCCUGCCACGCAGGAAAAGAAGAAAGCCAUGGGGGCGAGAUGGGUGUAAACGUAACCAGAUAUUUAAAAAGAUCAUGUGGACCAGGCUAGCUCAGGGCAUGAUAGGAUCUUCUGAAAACCCAUUGUUGGCCAGCACUAAGGAAUGUUUCAGUAAGGCAUGCAUAGGGUUGACAGCUACGAAUUGGGAAAUCCCUGGAAAUAUGAGAGGGGUGAGAGCGGUGAUUGGGGAAGUAAGGGACGUUUCCUCCGAGGGAAUGGAUCUUUUAAUUGUGAAUUUAUAUGUUGUAAUCCACCCUGAGCCCUCAAGGGGACGGGCGGCCUAGAAAUGUGAUAACAGAAAUAAAAUAUAGCUCAACAGAGAUGGGAUGCCUAGAAUUUGCCAUCCUCAGCAGCCAUCUCCUCCAGGAGGAACAUCUCUGUAGCCUGGAAAUCAGGGGUAAUUUCAGGAGGAUUCCCACCCGAGUGGAACUUGGCACCCUGAAUUGCUUUUCGGAAUCUGUUUUCUAGGGAACCAAAGCUGUUCUCAUCCAUCUGUCUUUGAAAUUGUGUUAUUGACUAUCGUGGGGAAAUCAUUACUUGCAGGGCCGAUGGUAUAGGCCCAUGGUGGCGAACCUUUGGCACUCCAGAUGUUAUGGACUACAAAUUCCAUGGCCCUGCCAGCAUGGUCAAUUGGCCAUGCUGGCAGGGGAUGAUGGGAAUUGUAGUCCAUAACAUCUGGAGUGCCAAAGGUUCGCCACCACUGGACUAUAGGCUGUCCCACUGCAAAAUGCUGAGACACAAAAAUUGUCUUUCUCCAUCUCUAAUUAUUGAUGUGUGUGUUCUUGUUGUUUUAAAAAAUUUCCUUCUAUAAAAAUCUCAAUGGAUUUUUGCAUCCAAGUGGACCGGCAGUGGAUUUGGCAGUGAAAAAGCUCUGUUUUUCCAAGACUGAAAGGCAUAUUUAUUUCUCUGUAAAAAGUAUUUAUGCUGUUUGUUCCUUUGGUGAUUUUUUCCCUACAGCAACUAGGCAGCACUGCUCCAGAGAUAUUUAGCUUAUUUCAGAGUUAUACAGAUAUAUUCCUAAAUGUAUUAAAUUAAUAAAGUUAUGACUGUGAAAAAGAAGAGUGGUGAUGUUUUAAAAAAACAAAACAAAACCCCAUUGUG